AUGUCGAAGGUGGAGACGAAGCGCCUGAUGAAGAAGACGGAGGCCGGGGACAAGGGCGACGCGAAGCGCAAGCACAAGCGCCACGAGACGUACGCGACGUACAUCUACAAGGUCCUCCGCUCGGAGAACAUCCGCUCCGAGGCAGACACGGACCUCGGGAUCUCGAACAAGGGCAUGGAGGUGAUGAACUCGCUCGUGAACGACCUCUUCGAGCGCAUCGCGUCCGAGGCGUCGAACCUCGCGAAGAUCAGCAAGCGGAACACGAUCGGGAAGAAGGACAUCGAGUCCGCCGCGAAGCUCGUCAUCCCGGGCGAGAUCGGCCGCCUGAUCCGCGACGAGGCCGACAAGGCCCUCUCGAAGUUCACGUCCUCGAAGGAGUCCACGAAGAAGUAA